AUGUUAGAGCGCAAUACCUUUAUGCCUGAGGAGUUUUAUAACCCUAUUGAAAAUUUUUUUGUCCUUGUAAAUGAUUGCGAUUCCACCGUUGAAGUGAGAUGCAGUAGGCCUCCGUCCAAACAUCCAACUCAUUGCUGUGCCUGUGCGAGCACUGCUUCCACAGUAAUCUACACUGUUCAAGCUCACGCUCAAACACCGAGACAGUCCAAUUCUGUUGCACCAGUGGCUCGUCAACAUUCCCAAGUCCAUGCUCGUCAGACCUCUGUUGGAGCAAUAAGUGGCACUACUAGCGGUGUAGUACUCCGUCAGCACUCCCAUCAAUAUAAUCCCCACCCGCAUUCCCACCACCAUUUAAGUCGAAGAGACCGAGCCCUUAUGGCAACCUCUAUGCUAAUGAAUCCACAGCAUCCAUACCAUAUGCAAGAACACCAUGCCAUGAUCCCAGUCUAUCAUACCCACUUUUAUAGACAGUCAAUGCCUCCUGUCGUAGGUUUGUCCCAUCAACGAUUUCAAGUUGCUUCUCCUGUCUAUGCUGCUUUGCAUAUCCAUUAG